AGCCAGCGCAGCCUAGCCAGGUAUACCGCCAGCCAUCGUUCUUCAUCAUCGUGGCCAGCCAAAAAAAUGGCGCUUCCAACUCCACCUACUGCGGAAGACAUUGAAGAAGAUCUGGCGUCUGCGCUACACACGGACCCAGCCUUCUCUCUGCCGGGAGAAGCGAGUGGUGAUUGUGUGGGAGAUGAAGUAACGGCAGUAGCUGAGCAGGCGGUCCAGUUUGUUCUCGCCUACGACAGUCUGAAGGAGGACAGUGGGCGCUCCCUGCCAGCCACCCUCGCAGCUCUCGAGCAGAACAUGGCGGAACUGAGAACCGUCAUUAGAGCGCCUUCAAAAUGAUGCAUCUCCUCUUCGCUCCUCUUGUACGUCAUAAAAACCCAGAAAUGCAAGGCAGACGAGCAGGAAACCUGACUCGCGUCAUGGCCCCGCCCAUUUGAUUACUGGCGCUUGUGCGCAUAAUAAUUAUGCUGUUUGAUACACUAAAAAUACACAAUACUCUUAUCGCACACUCUUACACAGAUGAUACAACACCAUGUACACACAUGACAGCCGAAGGCCCAAGUUGAAUCCUGGAUUGCCCCAUCCGCGGAUUGCGCAGGCCCAGACUGAAAUGCUAGGACUGGAUGGGAUCGAAUUCUGAGACAUCCGGAGUCGACGAAGAUUCUUGAUUAAUGUGGGGAGGUGGUGAGAGAGGUACCGAGCAUUGCGAGCCAUCCGAUGGCGCCGACGUGUACUCAGUCCACUCUUGGCUAACGGACUGGUGAUGUAGCGAGGGUGAGGGUGUGACUGCAGGGAUUUGGGGAGUUGCGGAGGGUGAGGCGGGGGAGGGGGAGGGUACAAAAUGAGGCGGUGUGGAAGACUGAAUUCCUGUGGGUGGGUAUACUGGAGGGUAGGCGGAUCUAUUAGCGGAGGAUUUCGUGCUGCCGAUUCCAGUGUACGAAGUCACGCCGGUUGAGUUGAAUCGUUGUGUUGAACCGUCCCAUGCCGUUCUGGCUCGAUUGCGAAGCUGCUCGGCGGUCUCUCCAUGGUAGCUGUUGUGGAAUGAGACAACUGAAGAGCUACCACUACCUGCAGUAGUGCUGGCGGUAGUGGUGUGCGGGAAGGCGUGAGGUGGAGAGGUCUGAAGUGGGUCGUUAAAUAGUUCCUCUCGCACUCUCUGCUCCAUCUGUUCUCGCUGGGCCGUUCCCUGGUGUCCAUCUCCGUCUUCUCUCCCUCUCUCAUCUCCUGUUCUCCACAUUGGGGCGGGCGGGGCGGACGAUUCUCUCUUCCCACUCGAUGUUGUUGUUGCUCCUCCGACUGAUGUAGUAGCAGGGCUGGUGGCCGAGGAGGGAUUGGUAUUUCGCUGGCGGUGUUCCCUCUCUGUCUGCCUCACCUGCAACUGUUGCUUUGUCACCUGCAGUUGCUGCUCCAGACUGGAAAAAAGAAGAGUGAAACAUACCGAAUAAAAAAAUUUCUGGACCACGUAAAAUUCUACGGAGUUUCGCAAAUGCUUGAGUGUAUGGAAUGCAAAAUCGCGGAAAUUAUAAGAGAUCAUUAGCCUUAACCAGAUGAACUCACUCUUCAAUUUUUCUCUUCAAAUCAGCAUCUUCAUCUUUCUUGUCACCGUGGGGGUGAGGGGCAUUGUGUGAAGGGGGAGGGGCGACGUCAUACGAUGGGUGAGCCCCUCUGUAAUGAUGCUCUAAGUGAUGAAUGAGGGGCUGGAUUGCCGGCUCCUUCAAAAUCUGGUUCAUGGAGAAGAUGAACGACAUGAAGGCACUGGACAAGGCCUCAGAGUGGUGUUGGCUAAUAUCGGCAAGUGGGGUUGUAGUGGGCGGAGCCUGUGGUUGAGGGGAGGGGGCGUUGUCUUGACAACUAGGUGGGUGUGGUUUCCCAAUCGGGUGUGGCUGGUGGACUUCUUGUUGGCCACUGGCGUUGGUGUGGUGAUGGUUGGACUGUGAUGAACUGGAGGCAGGGACUGUUCCAGAUGUAGUAGACAGAGGUUCUGCAGUAAAUACUUCCGAGUCUGAGGUCAGUGACCUCUCUGGGAUGACAGGCAUGGUGGGCGGGGCCACACCCGAUCUCUCUGAUGUCGUCGUUGUCGUGGAGACGGCAGACGGGGACGAUGGGACCGAGGAGAGUUUGUGAGGGAGUGAAGUGGACCUCUGUCGUGCGGCCAUGGACGAAUCGAGGGCAGAGGAGUAAGACGGAGCGCUCAAGAGGGGCGGUCUCGGCGUCGCGAGGUCCUCCCGACUCGUUUCCGGAGCAGCCAGGGACGAGACAACAAUCACUUCAACACUGUUUCCGGAAGAAUCCCCAACUGAGCGAUGGUGGGAAACUGUCGUCGAAGUCUCCACUUGCGUCACGGGAUGCUCAAGAGCUCCCCCAGGUUGCUGCAAGUGAGCCUCACACUGGGGUAAACUCUCGGUCGACCCCUGCGUUGAUAACUCAUCAGGGGAAUCUUGCUCCUCGGCGACGUCUGCCACCACAAAUCGUCGUUGUGUUGAUGGUGUGUGGACGGUGGUAGUGGAAGAUGAAGACUCCUGCGUGACGAGGCAGACUGGCUCCGACAGGGAGCACACCUCAAACCCAGUAGCAGCAGUCGAAGAGGCAGUGGUGGGGGGAGGGACGGGAGGUCCUGAUGGUAGAGAGGUGGUCUUGACAGGGGCACUCUGGACGAGGCUCAGGGGGACAGGAGCUGGAGUCGAGGCCUGGCCACCACUACUCACACUCUGAGGAUAGAAAUAAGCUAAACAGACCGGCAUACAUAUCCUGCCUAUUUCCCACAUUUAGAUGGAUGUGUCAGCACCAUAAGGGCUACAUAAAUUUAGAAAAACAAAACAACAGGGCCCAGUUAAAGAAAGCAAUUAAGUUUCCAAAGUUCCUAAACACUUUAGAUUCAGCAAAAAUUAAUUUAACAAGUGCGAAUUUCGUAUACACGUACCUCGUCUGAGGUCUGUGUGGAG